AGGAGCAUGCGCAUGAAAAGUUGGUUAAUGAAUGAAAAAUUUAACGACAAACCGUUGAAACGAAAAUUUUGACGUUAGCAUGGACCUCAACAAAAUUCAGAUUCAUCCUUCCUCCUCUCGAUUUCAUCAACUGGGAUUUUGAUUUUAUCCAAAAACCCACCCCACCAAAAUUCAAGAUUACACAUCCUAUGGAUGGAUGGAUGGAUCCAAGAAAUCAUUUUAGGUGGUUAUGUUCUAAUUUGUCUACAAGGUGGUGACUGACUAUCUAUGUAUAAAGAAUAAAGAUUUGUUGCUUAAUAACUAACAGAACAGAAUUGACGACAUCAUGGAUGUUGAAAAAGAUGAAUUAGCAUCCAGUUCCAACCGUGUUAACAAGGGUAGUCUUAAAAAGGUGAAUAUUGGGAUUAAGGAUGUUGAUGCAAUGUUGGAGCAGGCCUGUUUGGAUAGGGACAAAGAUUUGGAUGAUUUAAUGAGCCCAUAUGGUGAUCAGAGUAACAACAUAUAUCAGUUUAAUAAUGGUACAUUGGACUUUGAUCCUUCAAAUUAUAGUCCUCGUAUCUUAGAGCACCCCCGCUCCCCUUUUUUCACCCAACAAUCAUCUUUCUUUACUUCCUCACCAAGACCCAAACCAAAACCCGUCUCCCAAGAAGAUAUGAACGCAGAAAUCUUGCGUCUAGUGGAUUCUGCAAUUAUGGGCCAGUCUGAAAGCAUGGACACUAUGAAGAAUAUUGUGAGUGGUGCAGAGAAUUUCGUAGAUGGAGUUGAUGCAGAGAAUAUUGCUGAUUUGUUAGUUGAUACGCUUCUUACAACAAUGGGGGGAGUUGAAUCUUUUGAAGAAGAAGACGAUAGUAACACUAUACCUACAGUUAUGAAAAAUACCCAAGCCGCCAUCAUUUCAGGUGAACUUCUUCCAUGGCUUCCGUGGUUAACCGAUAGUGUUGGGUUCAUGUCCCCCAGGACCCGAAUGGUUCGUGGAUUACGGACCAUUUUACGGGCGUGUACAAGAAACCGGGCCAUGUGUUGUUCAGCGGGUCUAACACGGGUUCUUUUGCAAACGGCUGAAAAGAUAUUUCUUGAUGACGUAGGUUCAUCAAAGCAAUUGAAAUGGAACGGUUCACCAUUGUGCUCGUGUUUACAAUAUUUAGCGGGUCAUUCGGUUACUGUAGCAGAUCUCAGUACGUGGUUUCGGUUGGUUAAAAGCAUGAUUAAAACUCCGUGGGGUCCACGGUUGAUGGUCUCUUUAGAAAAGGCGUUAAGUGGCAAGGAGUCACGGGGCCCACAAGCUUCUUUUGAGUUUGAUGGUGAAAGCUCAGGUUUACUUGGCCCAGGAGAGGGCCGUUGGCCAUUCCCAAAGGGCUAUGCAUUUGCUACAUGGAUGCUUAUUGAGUCAUUUGGUGCACCAGAAGCUGAAUCUAAUCAAGGUAUAGAUGAAGGCGCAAGGAAUUUACCUUGUAUUUUCAGUUUUAUAUCUUCUGAUAAUCAAGGUAUCGAGGCGUAUUUUCAUGCUCAAUCUUUGGUGGUUGAAAGUGGUAGUGGAAAAGGCCCAAAAGUUCCGGUGUAUUUUACUCAUGCUUUUAAGUCACAGUGUUGGUAUUUUAUUGCGCUGGAGCACACGCUGGAUGGUGAAAUAAGAUUAUAUAUUGAUGGGAAAUUACAUGAAAGCCGUUCGCUUGAUUUGCCUCGUAUUACUAAACCCCUUUCGUUUUUCUGCAUUGGGACUAAUGCACCACCAACAAUGGCUUGUUUGCAUCAAGAUUCCCGACAUGUCCCAUUGUUUGCUGAGAUGGGCCCAAUAUAUAUUUUCAAAGAGCCUAUUGGGCCGGAUAUGAUUAGGAGGUUGGCUUCCAGGGGACCUGAUUCAAUUCCUUCAUUUGGGAAUGCUGCAGGAUUGAUGUGGUUGUCGACUGAUGCCCAUAUUGCAAGUAUUGAAGAGGAAAGUGCUCGUUUGGAUGCAGAUAUUGCAGGAUACCUUCACCUUCUAUAUCAUCCUAGUUUACUAACUGGCCGUCACUGUCCAGAUGCUUCCCCUUCUGGGCCUUCAGGGUUGCUUCAAAGAUCCGCUGAAGUACUUGGGCACAUAGCUGUAACUACUCGAAUGCGGCCAACGGAUGCUUUGUGGGCCCUAGCAUAUGGAGGCCCAAUGUCUUUACUUCCGUUUGUAGUAAGCAAAGUUGAUAAUGAUACAUUAGAACCUCAAAAAGGAAACCUUAAAUCAUGUUUAGCCACGACAGCUCUCGCUGCACCCGUAUUGAGAAUCAUAUCACAAGCAAUCCAACACCUUGGAAACAGCAACGAAUUAUGCAGAACACGUGGGCCUGAGGUUUUAUCAAAAAUAUUAACAUAUCUUUUAAAAACUUUAUCUUCACUCGAUGCCGCAAAACAUACAGUAUCAGAUGAAGAAAUAGUUGCAGCCGUGGUAAGUUUAUGUCAAUCCCAGAAGAACAAUGUGACACUAAAGAUGCAACUUUUUAGUACGUUGUUGUUGGAUUUGAAGAUUUGGAGCUUAUGUAGCUAUGGGAUACAAAAGAAGCUUUUAUCUUCUUUAGCAGAUGUGGCUGCGACUGAAUUGUCGGUAAUGCGUGAUGCAAAAGCUAUACAAGCACUUCUUGAUGGCUGCAGGAGAUGUUAUUGGACUAUUCAUGAAAAAGAUUCUAUGAAUACGUUUUCUAUUGAUGGGGGCCCACGCCCCAUUGGGGAAGUCAAUGCUUUGGUUGAUGAGCUUAUGUCGCUUAUUGAAUUUCUUAUGGGGAUGGCUCCACCUCCAAUGGCAGUGAAUGAUAUUCGCUGUUUGCUUGGAUUCUUGGUUGAUUGUCCACAACCAAAUCAGGUUGCAAGGGCAUUGCACCUAAUACAUAGACUGGUGGCACAGCCAAAUUCUAGAGCUGAGACUUUUGCAGAGGCCUUCGUAUCAUGUGGAGGUAUAGAAACACUUUUAGUCCUAUUGCAACGUGAAGCAAAAGCCGGUGAUCACGAUGCACCUGAAUACGAUGAUGAUAACUUAUCAGUCUCAGGAUAUAAAUCUGAAGGUUGGCCCGAAAAUUACAAUAGCGAUGAUGCGGUAUCCUUAAAUGGAAGUGAAUUUUCGUCUUAUGAUCCUCAUAACCGUAAUAGUGUCCUUUCUUGCAUGGCAUCUAGUAUAGGAAGCAGAUUGUCGGCUUCCGAGAGCUUAUUUAUCAAAAACUUGGGUGGCAUAAGGUUUUCGAUUAGUGCUGAAAAUGCAAGGAAGAAUGUGUAUAAUAUUGAUAAAAGUGAUGGAAUUGUUGUGGCGAUUAUUGGGCUUUUCGGGGCUUUAGUUGGUGCGGGUCAUCUAAAAUUCGGGUCUCAUGCUCCAUCUGAUCUUACGGGUAAUCUUCAUGGUUUGCUUGAGGGUACGGGUAGUAUGCUUGAUGAUAAGGUUUCACUUGUACAUUUUGCUCUGCAAAAGACUCUGCAAGCAGCACCAAACCGGCUCAUGACCGGGAAUGUCUACAUGUCUUUAUUGAGUGCCUCGUUAAAAGCAUCAGCAAGGGAUGAGGAAGUGAAUUUUUAUGAUUCGCAACAUCGAUUUGAGCAUUUAGAGCUCUUGUUGGUUCUAUUGCGUUCACUACCAUAUUCAACAAAGACUUUUCAAACUCGAGCUCUACAGGAUCUUCUGAUUUUGGCUUGUAGUCAUACAGAAAACAGAAGCAGUCUGACUAAUAUGGAGGAAUGGCCCGAGUGGCUCUUGGAAAUUCUUAUAUCUAAUCACGAGAUGGCGGAGACAAAUGGUUCAACGUCUUCAAGCAUAAAAGAUGUUGAAGACCUUAUACAUAGUUUCCUCAUCAUCAUGCUAGAGCACUCCAUGCGUGAGAAGGAUGGAUGGAAGGAUAUUGAAGCUACAAUUCAUUGUGCAGAAUGGCUUACAAUGGCACGCGGAUCCACCACAAGAGACAAACGGGCUAGACAUGAGAAAUUACUGUCAGUCUUUAAGAGAAGGCUUUUGGGCGAGUUGCUGGAUUUCAUCGCCAGAGAGCUGCGGGUCCAGACUCAAGUUAUUGCUGCAGCAUCGGCUGGUGUGGGAUCAUAUGGAUUACCGGCUGAGGUUUCUAUUGCAGAAGUAGAAAACGCUGCCCAGUUGUCAGAGGCUUUGGUAGAUAAUGCAAUUGUUAUGUUAAUGCUUGUUGAAGAUCAUUUUCGCCUCCAAAAUAGAAUAUUUAGCUCCACCCGUAUUCAACCGGGUUCUAUUUCUCCACUUUCAGCUGUCCUGCCUGUCGUUAUGAGUCCCUCUAAGGACUCUCAAGGACUUCCUUUUGAAGUUCUUGCUUCAAUGACUGAUGAUAAAGGGGAAAUCUCAGCAUCCACAAUGGAACGCCUUACAGCUGCAGCAGCGGCUGAACCGUAUGACUCAGUUUCGUGUGCUUUUGUGUCAUAUGGAAGUUGUGUGGCAGAUUUAGCCCAAGGAUGGAAAUACAGAAGCCGAUUAUGGUAUGGGGUUGGUCAACCUUUAAACAUAGACUUCGGGGGUGGUGGCAGUGGCUGGGACUCAUGGAAAUCUUGUUUAGAAAAAGAUUCAAAUGGUAAUUGGGUUGAAAUUCCGUUAGUUAAGAAAUGUGUCUCCAUGUUACAAGCUUUGUUGUUAGACGAAGUUGAUGGGCUCGGUACGGGUGGCGGUUCGGGUACAGGGUUUGGUGGGUUGACAGCUGUUUAUCAUUUGUUGGAUAGUGAUCAACCGUUUUUUUGCAUGCUUCGUAUGACACUCCUUUCUUUGAGGGAAGAUGAUGACGGUGAGGAUGGUGAAAAUAUUGGUGUUGAUGAUGUGUUGUCUGAAAGAUUACAUGGAGAACAUGGAAGUGCCACAUCAUCCUUAAGAAGCAGUCCUCGAGCAUUGCGUCCCAGUUCAGCAUUGUUACGGAGUGUGCUUGAUCCCAUCUUGCAUGGGCCAGUUUCUGAGUCAAAGAGACAGAGAGUAUUGGUGACAUCAUGUGUUUUAUAUUCUGAGGUAUGGCAUGCUAUCAGCCAGAACAGAGUCCCCUUAAGGAAACAGUAUCUAGAGGCGGUUGUCCCACCACUUGUGGAAGUAUUACAGAGGUGGGGCCCUCUUUUGGCCAAAAUUUAUGAACUUUCUCCUCCAGAUGGACUAAAUCCACUUGCCGUCAAGGACCCGGCCCUAGAUCCUGAGUCAACAACUCUAGAGAGUGCUGUUGCUCUGAUCACUCCGGGGUGGGCAGCUGCUUUUGCAUCACCACCUGCUGCAAUGGCACUGGCCAUGAUUGCUGCAGGUGCUGCUGGUGGUGAAACUGCUGCCCCUGCACCCAUUGUAAACAUGCAUCUAAAGCGUGAUUCAUCUACCUUACUGGAGAGAAAAUCAGCAAAACUUCAUACAUUUUCAAGCUUUCAAGAGCCCUUGGGAGGAGCAUCCAAGAAAUCAGCUGUUCCUUUAAAAGACAAAGCGACUGCACGUGCAGCAGCUUUAGCUGCUGCUCGUGAUCUUGAAAGAAAUGCAAAAAUUGGCUCUGGAAGAGGUUUGAGUGCUGUGGCUAUGGCCACUUCUGCACAGAGGCGGAGUAAAAGUGACAUGGAACGUGUCAUGAGGUGGAAUGUUUCUGAAGCAAUGGCAACUGCCUGGAUGGAAUGCUUGCAGUCAGUUGAUACACAAUCCGUUUACGGCAAAGAUUUUAAUGCAUUAUCAUAUAAAUUUGUCGCCCUUCUUGUUGGAAGUUUAGCUUUUGCUAGAAACAUGCAACGAUCAGAGGUUGAUAGACGUGCUCGAGUAAAUUUUAUUGCUCGGCUUCGUACAUGUACCGGCAGACGUGUGUGGCGUAAACUCAUACAUUAUUUGAUUGAGACCGACAAUCUUUUUGGAUUAUUGAGUAAAAAUCUUUGCAAUCCUAAACGAGUUUUCUGGAAAAUAGACUACAUGGAAAGUGGUUCAAGAAUGCAUAUAUGUUUAAGGAGGGACUUUAAGGGCACAGAUCAUUCUGGUGCAGCUGCUGCAAUUGGCCACGAUCCUAAGCAGCUCGAGCGUGAUAAGGAAAACUCGAUUUUGGCUCUAAAAUCUCUGUCAACAGAAGUAACAACUGAGGAUGAGGAACGAAAUUCAGUUAUUAACAUGGAGAUUAACACAGAUGAUAUGUGGCUAUAUGAAGAUAUCCAAACAAGAGCAUCUGUAACUGCCGAACAACAGUUACAGGUCCCAAUGGACUCUACUGAACCUCAAGUUUCAAAUUAUCAAGAUCUUGCUCAGAGCCCAUCAGCAGCCGCUCAUGCCAACAUUCCCACUGAACAUUGUGAAAUUAUAAUUGCUGAGCUUCCUGCAUCAAUUGUCCGCCCACUCAAAGUUCGACAUGGAAAAUUUCAGAUAACAACUAGAAGAAUUAAUUUUCUUGUUGAUAAAUCUGAGAAAAAAGUUGAAGAUAAAGUUGAAGAUAAGGACCGGAGCUGGUUGAUGGCUUCUCUUCAUCAAAUACACAGUAGGAGAUAUCUCUUACGGAGAAGUGCUCUGGAAUUAUUUAUGCUUGACCGGUCAAACUUCUUUUUUGAUUUUGGGAAUGCUGAGGCUAGAAUGAGUGCAUAUCGAGCUAUUAUCCAUGCACGUCCUCCGCGUUUGAACAGUAUUUACUUGACGACUCAGAGACCUGAUCAGCUUCUUAAACGGGCUCAACUUAUGGAACGCUGGUCACGCUGGGAGAUAAGCAACUUUGAGUAUUUAAUGCAGCUCAAUACACUGGCUGGGCGUAGUUAUAAUGACAUUACCCAGUAUCCCAUUUUCCCAUGGGUUCUUUCAGAUUACAAAUCAUCUUAUUUGGAUCUUUCCAAUCCCUCAUCUUAUCGGGAUCUUUCAAAGCCUAUUGGAGCAUUAAAUGAGGAUCGGUUAAAAAAUAUCCAUGAAAAAUAUUCAAGCUUUAAUGAUCCUGUGAUACCCAAGUACCAUUAUGAUUCACAUUACUCAACUGCUGCGACAGUGUUGUAUUAUCUGAUGCGAGUCGAACCAUUUACUACCCUUUCUGUUAGAUUACAAGGUGGCAAGUUUGACCGAAUGUUUUCAGAUAUUGGUGCUACUUGGAAUGGAGUUCUGGAGGAUACGAAUGAUGUAAAGGAACUGGUACCUGAGAUGUUUUACCUUCCAGAGAUUUUGACAAAUGAGAAUUCAAUUGACUUUGGAGAUAAACUAGGAGAUUCUGUCAGGCUUCCUCCCUGGGCUGAAAACCCUGUUGAUUUCAUGCAUAAGCAUCAAAUGGCUCUUGAGAGUGAAUAUGUAUCUGCACAUUUGCAUGAGUGGAUUGAUCUCAUAUUUGGGUACAAGCAACAAGGGAAAGACGCUAUUUCAGCAAACAAUGUCUUUUUUUAUGUCACUUAUGAAGGGGCUGUUGAUAUAGACAAGAUCCAGGAUCCAGUCCAGCGGCGCGCGGUUGAAGAUCAAGUUGCUUACUUUGGACAAACACCAUCACGUCUUUUGACAGUCCCUCAUAUUAGCAAGAUGCCAAUUUCAAAAGUUCUUCAUAUGCAGACCAUUUUUCGGAAUCCUCAAGAAGUGAAAGAAUAUCAUGUACCAUCUGCUGAUCGGUGCAAUUUACCUGCAUCUGCCAUUCAUGCAACUUCAAAUGCUCUUGUAAUCGUGGAUACAAAUGCUCCAUCAGUGAAGAUAGCCUUACACAAAUGGCACCCAAACACACCCGAUGGACACGGAAUGCCAUUUGUGUUUCAACCUGGAAUAAAUAAUAUAAACUCAAGAGGUGGUGGAGGCUUUAUGCGUUUCUUUAGAGGAAAAAGCGGGUCCAAGUCAGAGGGAUUUACAUAUCCUCAAGCUCAUGCCUAUGCAGCUUCAGGACUUAACACCUCUUCAUUGGUAUCCAUCACAUAUAACAAUGAAGUUAUUACAGGUGGACACGUGGACAACAGUAUCAGAUUGGUAUCACCUGAUGGCGCAAAAACAUUGGAAAUAGCAAAAGGACAUUGCGCACCUGUAACUUGUUUAUCUCUAUCACCCGAUGGCAAGUAUCUCGUGAGUGGGUCUCGAGACACAACAGUUCUAGUCUGGAGAAUACACCGGUCGCCAAGAUUCCGGUCAGGCAGCAUGACAGAACCACCCAUUGGCACAGUCACACCAACUUCAGUUAGUGCUACAACCGCUGCGAGUUGUUUCAUAGAUAAAACCCACAGGAGGCGUAUUGAGGGCCCAAUUCAGGUGAUCCGUGGUCAUCUUGGUGAAAUAGUCGAUUGUUGUGUGAAUUCAGAUCUUGGAGCUGUUGCCUCGUGUUCUUAUUUGUCAGACGUUUUGGUCCAUUCAGUGAGUAGGGGUCGGUUGCUUAGAAAGCUUCAAGGUGUCAAGGCUGAUAUGGUUAGGAUUUCAAAAAAUGGGGUUGUUGUGUUGUGGAAUAAUUCAGUUCAUGCUCUGACGAGUUAUUCUCUUAAUGGGAUUUUGAUUGCUCGUGCGUAUAUUCCUAAAUCUUGUAGCAUUAGCUGCAUGGAGAUUUCAUUUGAUGGGUGGAGUCUAUUGGUUGGAUUAAAUCCGUGUUCAGAAAACGAUUGUGAGUUGCAGUUAAAUAAUAAUAAUAAUGAGGGUGAAGAAAUCCAGAGAUUGGAUGUUCAAUCUCCUUCGGUUUGUCUCAUUGAUCUGCAUACUCUUAAGGUGUUUCACACGAUGGGGGUUGAAGAAGGGCAAGUGAUAACAGCAGUGGCGAUGAACAAGGACAACACUAAUUUAGUGGUGUCAACGUCUGAGAAACAAUUAAUAAUCUACACAAAUCCUGCUAUGUUCCCGACUGAUGCAUGGGUCUUUCAGGUCAAAUUCACCAGGGUGGUCCGGCGAGCAGGAAGCAAACUUAUAGGGUUGCCCAGGGGCAGGCGUCGAUCAAAGAGGAGUUUAGCAAGUGUUUCCAGCGACGAUGACUAGCAGCAGCAGCUACAGGCCUUUUGACUUCCUAAUCAACUAAAAGUUUCAAGAUAUGAAAUUCUAGGGAGAGUCAACAUUUUCAACAGUUGACCACAAGUUAAGGUGGCUGGCAGGUUUCUUGAGUUAGCGUCGUCGGGUGCUGUCAUCAUGUGUCAUAUUUCUCUCGGCUUCUUCUUCGUAAAUAUCAACGGCAGAGUAUUACAUGAACACUAGAUGGUUAUUAUGCAAAUUUUGACUUUGAUAUUGUAAAAUGAUGCAUGCCAUCAUGAAUGUGCUUCUACAUUUUACUCUGAUUUAUAUGAUACUACAUGUACCCACCCUCCUGUAGAAAUGAAAAAAAAUGACUGUCUUUGUGCUAA